AGAGAAUUUCCAUAUUAGACACCAGUCAGUUAUAGUGUAUUUUUGCACUUCAUCAUAUAGGUUCUAUUAGUCAAUGAAAAACACAAGUGGUAAGAGGAUGAAGGAUUUAUUCCAAGUUGAGGUGUAGAUUUUUGUCUCAAAUUAACUUCAUAGAGGAAUUUUGACAUGUACAUUGGUACUAGAAGAUGAAUUGUCACUCAAUCGAGCUGGCUUCAAGAGAUAAAUUGGUUAUUCAAACACUUAACAGGGUUGACUCUGAUGUGAAAUGCAUGAUUGCUCUAUUCAAGAAGGGUUUGAUAGAGGCAAUAGUUUUGAUAUUUCUGUUAAUUCCUCUAUUGGAAACCCUUAUUGAGAUGGAUAUUGCUAAUGCUGUUCUAAUGGCUAUUGCAAAGAAAGAUGAUGAAUUAAUCAAGAUGUGUAUGAGCCCCAUGACCGCUUCAAUUCUUAUCUUAUGGAAAAUCUUACAAGAAGGCAAUAGUGGUUUAUCCAACAUUGUUCGCUCAAUUAUAUCAGAUAGAGAACUUGACAGAAUAUUGCUGAGCUUGGAAGCCGAGAUGGAGGAAAGGAUUGCAGCUACUGGGAUUGUGCUAAAAUGCAUGGGAGAGGAUGGGCGUUCCAGGAAACUAAUUGCUGAGAGAGUACAACUGGCACCAGUUCUGGAAAGCUUUGCCAUUGUGAAUGAUAUGGACCGCUUUCAGAUUAUUUGCUUUCUUUUCGAGUUAGCUAAGCUCAGCAGGAGAUUGUCCGACGAGAAGCUUCUUCAAGCUAUAAAAGGUGGAGGUGCUUUUAGUAUGACGCAUUCACUCCUCAUCUACCUUCAAACUCCGUCAAUGGAACAAUCUCCUGUUGUUGCUGGUCUUCUUCUCCAGCUAGAUCUUCUGGUGGAGCCAAGAAAGAUGAGUAUAUACCGUGAAGAAGCUGUAGACACACUUAUCACAUGCCUCAAAAAUGUGGAUUUUCCUAGCAUUCAAUUGAGAACUGCUGAGACAAUCUUAGCUCUCUUAGGAAGAUUUUCCUCUGGAAGGCCUCUUGCUCGAGCUCUUCUUUUAAAGCAUGCUGGAAUAAGAAAAGGCUACCGAGCACUAAUAGAAACUGAGCAGACUGGCCAAGCUCCUGAAGGAUCUGAUCACAAUCUGGUUGCAGCUAUAGUCCUCACAAAUUGUUAUUGGCUAUUUUUUUUUCUUUUUUUCUUUUUUGCUUUCUGAAUGAAUGAACAACUAUAAGUAGUCAAAUAUAAGGUAUAUAAUAGUGCAUUAAACAUAUAAGUCCCACCAAUCUUGUUUAAAAUCACAUAAUCCAUCAUUUGAUGAAUUUCUUCUUAUUUUUUA